ACGAAGAAAUCUCCAGUACGUGGCAGAGAAAACGCAGCGCUGUUGGCAGCGAUUUGUCGAAUUUUUUUCUCAGUUCGCCACAUGUACUAAAGCGUUCUGCUGUUUCAUUUGUACCUAUUUUAGUUUUAUUAUAACAUAGAAUAUUAUUCAUAUCUUAACAGAAUGAAGUGCCACAUAUUUUUCACAGUCAUUUUGACUUUACUAGCAAGUUCAUUAUCAAAAGAUGAACCAGAACCAGAAGGUGCUAGACUGCUAAUUGCUAAGCAUAUUAAUAACAAAUACCUCGUUGAAAAUAUGGAUGUUGUUGUUAAGUACACUGUCUAUAAUGUUGGCAAUGAGGCUGCAUUGGAAGUUGCGAUAACUGACAAUACAUUCCCCGCUGAUAGUUUUGUUCACGUUAGUGGAGAAUUGAAUGCUAAAAUUGACAGGGUUCCACCUCAAUCAAAUGUGAGCCAUACUGUUAUUGUAAAACCGAAGAAAUACGGAUAUUUCAAUUUCACAUCCGCUGAAGUUGUCUAUCGUCAUCGUGAAGAUGCUCCAAAUUUACAAGUUGCAAUUAGCAGCGAACCUGGUUUAGCUUAUUUUAUCUCAUUCCGAGAAUUUGACAAAAAAUUCUCUUCCCAUGUGAUCGACUGGGCAGCUUUUGCUGUGAUGACCCUUCCAUGUUUGGCAAUACCUUUUGGACUGUGGUUCUCCAGCAAAAGAAAAUAUGAGAAAUUGUCAAAAAGCUUAAAAAAGCAUUGAACACUCAUUUUUUUUAAAUUUUAAAAAAAUUUAAAAAUCCUUCCUUGAUCUACUCAAAGAUCAUAAUAAACAAAACAAACAAAAAAAAAAUAUUUUCUAGUAUGAUUGAGCCGUGAGAUGAGUGAUUGUUUCAUUAUAAAUAUAUAUGUUGCAUUUUUUUAAUAAAAAAAAAAAAAAAAUAAACACUUAUUUAUGAAAAAAGUAA